UCAACGCACUUACAGUGAACAGUAAAAGCAAGGGACGACUAAAACUUUACGACUUUCAUAAUAAUAAUAAGUGCAUCAUGAUGUCAUCAAUGAUCAUGAUCAUCGGUGUUCUGGCGAUUUUAUCGGGCAAUGGCACUAAAACAAAUGCGGUGCCAAUUCUAGAAAAAUUUCCCGUCACUUUUGAACUUUAUGUGAAGCCCCUUGGAGUCAUUUUGUUUGAAGCAGAAUUGAGGCAUUCCAAAGAUACUUCAAAUUAUCUGGGCGAAGAAAAUAAAGGUCAUUCUCAUCAUCGCUCUUAUAGAUCGAUGCUUGACCAGGAAUCUCCACGGAAGCCAAAAGAUGAUAUGGAGACAGCAGCAGGAACGAAUUUACUUCGUCCGCUAUUUGUUUACCGUCAACAAAUGGCCUAUCGUGAACGUAAUAGCAGGAAAGACGGACGACGUGCUGCACCAACCUACUAAUUUUACGUAUUCAACAACCUGAAAAGUGUAAGACUGAGAUGAGAUGUUGGAAAAAACAAAGUGUUUUUGGGAACGUCCAUACAUUACACAUUUUAGAGCUAGUCCAUCAUCCACAGUUGAAAUAGAUGGUUUAAUCCAUUAAAUUAGAGCCAAUUUGAUAUUCUUCUCUGAUACAAUUCAUUUUAUGAACAAUUCUAUUAGUCCACUGACGGAUGAGAGGACGACAGAUGCGGAAACUAAGCACCCAGAAUCCGGAUCGUUCAGUAUGAAUGGAUAGAGCUCGGAAGAAUUAAUACAUAAGAUUCUUUUGGUUAAUUAUCUUGGACGUCAUGCGAAUAAUAGACAAUAAAGAUAAAAUAUAAUAUUAGUGAA